GUUAAAGAGUGUCAUUAAGGGCAGUUACAUAAAAAGGUCGACCACACCUUGUGAAUCUUCAUCUUCAUUGCCCGAUACACAUGCAAUGAAGACUGAAAGAAAGUACCAAAAGAAUAAAUGCUGAGCAACUUAGUUUUGCAGCUUCGUCCACGAUCUUGCGACGAUGACCAUUCUCUUCAUCUUCUUCUUCCUCAUGAUCUCCGAUGGAGCUGCUUCGACGAAGGGCUCGCUUCUCGAGUUCUCGAGCCGAGACGAGCUGGUGGAAAUGGCGGGAUAUGGCGAGAAGAAGGUGUCGACCGUCUUGGUUGCUGGCUCAGUGUCUUGCGCGGCUCGCUCUCUCGGCGAUGCUCAUCAUCAACUUCCUGCUUGGCCAGUCUCCGGUGCUUUGGUUGGUGUGAAAUGUCAUACAAGCAAGAACAAGAUCAGUUCAAAUUGGACUCGAGGCUUCACCGACGAAUUUGGUGACUUCAUGAUCGACCUUCCUUCCCACCUCCAUGCCAUUCCGGACCUGCCCGAGGAAUGCUCGGUUCAACCCCUCCGACUCCCAAGAAGCUCGCUCUGUCGACCGGCUCGUGGUCACAGACACAAGAGGCUGAGAUUAGCUUCUGUCCGAGACGGGAUUCGCACUUACAGGGCGGGAAAUAUAAGGCUCGUGCUCAUGCAGUCCUCAAGGAAUGCACUGGAUGAUUGAAGCAACAAUAAGAGGGCCGUGAAUAGAAAUCUAUGGCUAGUUGAUCGUAUAAAAACUUCACAUCCCUACUUGUACAGUUAAGUUUAGACACCGCUUUGAGGUGCAUCC